AGCAUAUUUCGGAGGCAGCUGGGGCUGCAUGCCUCCUUCCUGGCGAGUGGCAUCAUUCACGAGUAUCUGGGCUGGACUGUUAGUCGCACCGGCAAGUGGGGCUGGAAGUGGUGUCUGUUCUUCUACCUGCAGGCUCCCCUCAUGACCGCCGAGGCCUAUCUGGGGCGGCUCAUGCGGCGGGCGGGGCUGCACGCGCCGCUGCUGCUGCGGAUCGCACUCACGCAUGCAGUGAUCGAGGAGACCGCCGGCCGGCUGUUCAUCCCGCCCAUCGAGAGGGACAGCGACCUGCGUGACCGCAUGCUGCAGGCCAUCAGCGCCAACUACCGGGCCCUGUUGGAGCCGCUGCAGCCGCUGCUGGGGCCGCUGGCCUCGCAGGUGGGGCAGCAGCUGGGGCCGCUGCUGACAGCGGCCAGCGCGCCGUUCAAGGCGUGAACAUGAUGCUGAUGCAGGUUUAGGUGC